AUGGCAGCCGUGAGUGAGAAAAUCUUAGCUUGUACAAAGUUAAUUUGCGACGUGGAGGGAACAACUACGUCGAUCUCGUUCGUAAAGGACACGCUUUUCCCUUACGCGCUGAAGAAUGUGGAAGAAUAUUUGAAAAACAAUUGGAACGAAGAUGCCACGAAAACGGUUGUCGCCGCCUUGCGUGAACAGGCGGAGGAAGACAAGAAGGCGGAAGUGGAAGGAGUGACGGCAAUAUCUGCUGGUGAUUCGGAAGAUAUUAUACCGGAGAUUGUGAAGAAUGUCGAAUGGCAAAUGUCCCUGGAUCGUAAGACCGGUUCACUGAAAACCUUGCAAGGAUUGGUGUGGGCCAAGGGAUAUAAGGAUGGCACAAUCAAGGGACAUGUUUAUGACGAUGUGCAGAAGGCAUUCGAGCAGUGGACCGAGAGUGGCCGUAAGAUCUACAUCUACUCGAGUGGCAGUGUCGACGCUCAGAAGCUGUUGUUCGAGCAUAGCGAGCAGGGAAAUUUGCUGAAGUAUCUCGCAGGUCAUUACGAUACCAAGAUUGGCGCAAAGCGCGAAAAGGAUAGCUACGAAUCUAUCCUGAAGAACAUUGAAUCAUCGGGCGAAGAAGCGUUGUUCCUGACUGAUGUAGUUGCAGAAGCAAAAGCAGCUAAAGAGGCUGGGCUCAAUGUAGUGCUCCUCGAUCGCCCCGGAAACGCGGAAUUGUCGGAAGAGGAACGCAAAGAAUUUACAGUCAUAACCACUUUUUCAGACCUCUCCUUUGAGCAAGUACCAAAGGAAGAGAAUGGUGGUGCUGCUGUCGCUAACGGCAAGCGUAAAAUCGAGGAAACAACCGAAGUUUCCGAGGAGGACCAAGCACAGGAACCACCGUCCAAGGUGAUCAAGGUUGAAGAUGACAAAAAGACGGAAACAACUGAAGAGAAUGGAACCACAGAUACUAAAGACAUGAAGGUUGAUGAACCUACACCUGCUUCCACAGACGAUGCUGUUCCGGCCAAACCUACCGAAGAGAUGGAAGUGGAUGGAGGAGACGCUCCUGCCAAAUCUGAUUCACAGGAAGAGAAAGCGGUAGAAAAAAUGGAAGAAGACUCACCGGUGGAAAAACAGGAGGAAACCGAAAAGACGGACUUGGAUAAGCCUGCAGUGGUGCCAGUAGAAACAGAGAAACAGAAUGCUGAUACGAGCGACAAGACUGACGCCCCAGUUGAGAAGAAAGAAGUUACUGAAAAGGAAGAGAAGGUAGUUGAGAAGACGGAAUCGAUUGAAAAGAAGGAUAGCACACCAUCAGUUAUGCCCGACGUAGAAAAAGAAGUAGAAGAGUCGAAGGUAGUAGAUGAAAAUGAUGGCGAUAAGAAAGCCGAUGAAAAAGAUGUAAAAACAUCGACCGAAGAAGCAAAAAAAGAUGAUGCUGAGGUCAAAGUAGAUGAGACCACAACGAAGUCUGCCGUUGAGAAGGUUGAGACACCUGUCGUAGAAUCUUCGGAGAAGGUUACUGAUGCACCGGUGGCGGUGGAAGGUAAAGAGUUAGCAAAGGAAGAUGAGGAUAAAACUGUAAAGGAAGCUAGUAAGGGGGUUGAGAAGGCUGCCGAUGACAUUCCAACGAAAACUGACAUUCCUGUAGAGAAUGAUAAGGUGGUCACUACUACAGAGGAUCCUAAGGAAGUGAAGGAAGAAGGUGCUGCUACAACGGUUGUAGAGGAGGCUAAAGUUGACACCACUACUACUAUUCCUACACCUACUGAUACAGUAGAAACCGAAAAACCCAACAGUGAUAUUGUUUCGACGACAACCGAUACGGAAGAAACAGGAACUAGCAGCAAGAGCUCUAACGAAGGUGAAACUGAAGCAGCAGCACCAAAGGCUGAAUCGGAAGUAAACGGAAAGGAUUCCGAGUCUAAAGUGACCACUAACGGCGAUGCUGGUAGCAGUGUGGCUGAAGAAGAGAAAAAUGGCGGUGGCGAUAGUGAUAAAGAAAAUGACACUUCGGUCAACAAUUGCGAGGCAGCUGAGGAAGUGAAUGGAGAGAAAACGAAUGGCACCACCACCACCACCGCUGCCGCUGCUACUACGACCGAAAGUAGCGCCGAUGCCGAAGAAGUCACUUCCACAGAACUGAAGGCCAAAAAGGUAAUCGAGCCGGUUGUUACAGCGCCGGCCGUAGUUACACCAGCACCACCGAUCGAGACGGAAUCAUAAGUCGGAAAUAG